UGGCGUAGUGUUAAAUGAGCGUUCUGUUGGUAUAGAGAUCGCUCUCUGUUGGCUCGCCAGGCCAGGCUUAAAUCGUUCGUCGAAGCAUUUUUCGUUUCUGUUUUGUUGGACGAAUUUCUUCUGUGCGCGACAUAUUUCGUUUCCAACUAAAAAUCGCGGAUAUUCCUCCGAUCUAGUAGCCUUUGAUUCCGUUCGUUUGCUCUUUUUCUUAUUUCGAAAACUCGUCGCGGGGUUUUGUGCUGACGACGGCGAUGAGAUUUUUUCUUAUAUACAUGUGCCGUGCGUUGUUUGCAUGUACAUAAGGCAAGUUUCGACCGAGUUGGAGUCGGAGUCCGUCGGGUCGGGAGAGAGUGUGAGAGACGAUCGCGUCGCGGCGGUGGUUUAGGGUGUGAGAGAGAGUGUUACGGGCCCAUAACCAAGUACCAAAGCGCAACAACGGCCUGCUGUACCUCUUUAGUAAAUAAGAGGGUAUAUCGAUCUAGUGGCUAGCUGUGCUUCUCAAAAUGGCAACCCGUGAAAAGAAGCCCAGAUCGGUGAAUUCGGACUCUCCCACCCCUUCCCUCGGCGGUGGAAGCGACUCAGCCCCCUCGACCCCAACCAGCAAAGGUAAAGGCAGUCGCGCAUCCUUGAGCAGGCAAAAGUCCAAGCAACUUCUGAUCCCAAAUGAGGACUCGGUUCAAUCGACUGAUGAUAUCGCUGAUCCACCAGCAAGCGAAUCUGCAGCAAAUACCAGUGGUUCAAGCAGCAACAGAUCCACUAGCGGUAGCAGAACUACUCGUGCCACGACUAAUGAACCCACAGAAUCUGCUUCCAGUACAAAAGAGAAAGAAAAAGAUAAAGAUGAAGCAAAGGACUCAAAGACAGUUACACGACAAAAUAUUACCAAAAAGAAGAAACCUACAGCCGAGGAAAGCGACAAAUCCAAGACCUCUGUAACAGCUAUUAAGAAAACUGCGAUUUUGAAACGUAAAACUAGGCCAAUUGUAGGCAAACCUGUAUUGGGGAAGAAAGUAAUCGCACGAAAACAAGUAAACGCCAAAGGCAAAAAGGAAGUGACCGUGACCCUGAAAGAGGAUGACAACAAAAACAAAAAUCUGCGCAACGGAAAACCUCGCGCUACCGAUAGUCCUGUUUCAAAAAAGAAGCCGGUCCCUCCAAAGGAUAAAGCUGUUAAAGAAACUUCUGUAGAUACGGUAACUGUCAAGCAGGAACGUCGUCGGUCAGAUUCCGUAUCUAAAUGUUCCGAUGUGACCGAUGUUAGCACAACUCUUGAUACCUCGUCUGCCAAGGAUGAGGACGAUAAAAAGGACGACACCAGCCUAUCGGAAAUCAAGCGGGAACUCCUGGAAGAGAGUGAAACCAAGUCCAAAAUUUUGGACAAAAUGGCAGAAGCUUUCAACGAGCGGAAGACCCCUACCAUCCUGCCAUCCAAGGACGAAAAAACGGUUCGCCGAAGUGCUCGACAGCGCAAAAGCACACCCAAAGAGAAGGAAGAGUUUGCCACCCCGUCGAAAGUGAAGGUACCCGUCGAUAUCAAAUCGGAGCCAAUGGACACGGAUGAGUCCGAAUCCGCUCCGUUGACCAUCGACACCGAAGUCCCGAAAAAGGAGACGCCCAGUAGCGAGUUGGAAAAGGAUUCGUCCCUCAGUCCGGAACUAGUUAGUGAAGGUGUGUCGGAAAUUAGUGUUAAGGAAUUCUACAGUGAGCCGGCUUUCCUGGAAAAUAAUCUUGGAAUUGAAAAGGAUCCCAAAUUGGGGGAAAUUGUGCAAGUGCAAGAGAAGAUUAAAUUGGAUAAGGGAAGUGAUAGUGAGGCAACGUCUGCCACUGCCGCUUCUAACGGCAACACAUCGGUGAAAGAAGAAAUUCCACAAGUGGUAGUAAAAGAAGAGAAGAAAGAAGAAGUAGAAGUUCAAGCUCAAGAUGAUGGAAAGAUGAAAAUUGAUUUGCCACACAGUGAAAUUCUGGGUGUGGAAAAAUUGAAGGAAAUUAUCGGUGUUGUAGAUGCAAGUAAACAAGUGCAAAGCAAUGUUGUUCUUCCCCCUGUGGUUGUGAUUCCGAAGGAAGAAGGCUCUGGUAAUGAAUCGCCUCUUUCUGAUCGGUCGAAUGAUAAGGAUGUGUUGUUGAGUAUCAUUAACAAAGUGGAAAGCAGCUUGAAGAAAAGUGAUUCGCGAUCCGACUCAGAAGGAGAGCGAACGGGUAAAUCGAAAGCAAAAAGCUCCGCCAAGGAACCGAAGCCGAAAGCUCGAAACGCAAAAGACAAGUGUAAAGAAGAUGAAAAAGCUAAAGAAGAAAAAUUACGCCAAGAAAAGCUACGUGUUGAAGAAAAAGUGCGCGAGGAAAAGCUUCGUGCUGAACGCCUGAAGCAAGAAGAAGAGAAGAAAAUAGUGGAAGAGAAGAUCAAACAAGAGCAAGAGGCGAAAAAAGUUAUUCCAGCAGUGCCGGAAGUAUCGAGUAAGCCGACCAGUCCUAAAACUAUCGAAGAAGUUGUUUCGGUGAUGGAAAAAGUUCUCCCCACAAAGACAGUGACGACGCUGAGUCUCACUUCAGCAGAUUCACAUUUGGUUUUGUCGGUGACUUCGUCAGAGUCCACCGAUUUAGUCGAAAGUAAACAACCAGAACCUCUGAAACUUGAUCAAAUUGUUUCAAAUGCGAUAACUUUAGAAAAUCUUCCUGCCAUCACCCUUCUGAAAAAAGAUCCCAAUCAGGUCAAAGACGAGAAAAAGCAUGAAGCUGCACAUGUCAAAGCUGAGCUAGAAAUUUUACCCUUAAAAGAAGUGGCUCUGGCUAAGGAAGAAAUCUCCAAAACUAAAGGUUCUGAAUCACCUUUGCAAAUUAUUUCCAAGAGCGAAAAUGCUGCAGCGGCCGUUUCAAUAACGACCGUUACGGCCGAAGGCAACAAAUCUCCACUUAGCAUUAUCGCAAUACAGACUGAUAAAGGUUCUGACAAAUCUGCUAUUUUCGAAGAAAUUCCAGAAGAAGCAAGGAAAGCUACAGAUAUAGAAGCGGUUAAGAACCGUGAUCUUGUACAAACCGAUGUUUCACACACAAAUGAUAUCAAGACUGUCGUAAAUGAUACGCAUAGCGUAACAAACGAGCUUCCAAGCUUACCUGAUCCAGCUAAGGAGUCCACCAGUUUAGCGCACUCAACGGUCGAUACGUCUGAAGACGUGGCCAAACAGAAGGAGUCUCAUUUCAAGCAUCUGGGACUGCUAACGCUACAGGCUGCUAGUGAGGAAAAACAGCGCCGCAAGGAGUUGGUCCUCCACAAACCGAUGGGUUCUUCGGUGAGCUCUGCUGUGAGCACCUGUUCCAGUACCUCUUCCACGAGUUCCAAGAGUGGCAGCGGUUCUAAAUCAACCAGAAAUUCCGAAUCUACCGGAACCCUAAAAACUGUGAUAAAACUCAAUCGAGGUGAAAAGCGUAAACCACGGCUGCCACUGAAGAUGACCCUGCAAAAGGGAAAAGGCAAAGGCGCUGAAAAGGAUGCCAAUGGUGGCGAAGGAAAUGGGGAGACAGCCUUUUACAUCAUCCAGAGUGAGGCUGAUCAUCAGAAUCAAUCGAUGACCGACCCGACAGCUCAGGGAACAGCGGCACUCGGAAGGAAAGCACACAGCCGCUCCCACACCACCGAUUGUGUCGUUGUACCUGAGGUCGUGGCAGAAUCGGCCGUCGUGAAGGAAGUGGUUCAGCAGGCGGUAUUGGUUAUCCCAGAGAAGGCUUCCUCCUUCAAUGUUCACCCCGAACGGCUAUGCCAGGAUCAGUGUUUCUACUGUGGGGGCAAAUUUGGCCUCUACGAUACUCCGUGUCACAUUGCGGCUAUGAAAUCCAGCGAACGACAGCAAAAUAUCCUAGCAAGUGAGGUCAAAAUCAAGAUUGACAGCUGUUUAUGCGAUGCUUGCUUCCGGCACGUGGAUCGAAAAGCCAACUGUCCAUCUUACAGGAAAAAGACGGAGGCAAAAUCGCUCUCAUCGCUGGCCAAAAUCCAGAGCAGUGUCAGUGCGUUCCACGAUGAUAAGCAGUCCCAGGAGGACAUUGCUACGUCUAUAAGUGCACCAAGUCUGGAUAAUUCUCAAUCUUCGGCGGAGGAAUCAACGCAGCCAGCUUCACGGGAAUUAGACGUUGUCGAGGAAAAGAUUCAAGGGCACUGCCAUGUGCGAGAUUGCGGGGCUGGUGCUUCCCACACGAUUCGUCGCAAGUGGCUACUGAAGAUGAAGAAAACGAUUAGCAAAAUUCUUGAGAUUAACCUAGAGCCAACCAAUUCGGUGUCGAACUUAAUACCGAUCUGCGACGGGCAUUAUGAGCUGAUUAGCCACCUGAUGAUUUGCGCCAUGUGCAAGCGGCGACUGCCUAAGAACCACAUUUACUACAUUGUCAAUGAAAUUCCACAAUUGGAGCGACUCAUCCAGGAGCAGGGAAUAGCAAUGAAGCUCGGCAAUUCGACGCUGGUCGUGUGUAAAUUAUGCAGAUACUAUGCAAAUUUGCUGCUCAAACCGCCGGAUGCCAAGUCGCAGAAAGCUCAGUUCAUCAAGAACUACAACAGAAGACUGCUCCAAUUCUACGAACGCGAAAAUGAGCUCCAGGAAUUGGCAUUGUCGGCAAUGGAACCGACGCGAAUCGUGACAAAUCCGGACAUUAUCAUCUCAGACGGCGAAGACGACACCGUCGAAAUAGUGCCCGUUGGCGAUUCCGUGUCCUUGCAGCGCCGAAGUCACCAUUCUCGGAAGUCCACCGAUCUCACUAUAGUGGACAACAGUUCUGCCCAGGUGGGCGAACUCGAAGAAGUAACAAUCACACCUGCCCCCAAAAUCCACAACACUGCCAACGUAAGUGGCAAUAGUUCCAUCAUCCUUGAUAACGAUGUUUCUAUCGAACAGCAGCCCGCAUCGGCUGAGAAACGUCGCAAGGAUGAAAGUCUAGAUAUGGCCAAGGCAUUGAAGGCCAAUCCCAAUAUUUCGAUGCGUGAGUUAUUCCCGGGAGAGGAAGAGCUGGGCAUCCAUAUCAAUAUCCCAUUCAAUAACGCCUCGACGAGGACACCCGAAGGAUGGACCAAAGUGAAUACUACAUUGCAGUAUGACGACUCGACCCGUGCUCUGUGGGAAGAUCUACAGCAGCCUUACGGUAACCAGUCGAGCUUUCUCAGGCAUCUGGUGCUCUUGGAAAAGUAUUUCCGCAAUGGUGAUUUGAUCCUUUCUCCCCAAGCUAAGAAUAAUGCUGCCACAUACUCUGAAGCCGUUCAGAAUCGGCUCCGGUCAUUCGACAACGUUCCAACUCCCCCUCCUGCGACUGUGAUUGACAAAAGUAGUAUCCUUCAGCAGUUGGGAAAUGCUCCUAUAACAAUUACCCAAACGGCAAAGGCAAGAACAAAGUCGUCAACGGAACCUGUCAGCUUACUCAAAUCCAACAACCCUCACUUACUCGGAGGAACAUCCUCUUCUGGAGAGGCAUCCUUGAAACGGAAACUGUCAGUCGACGCCAAACCAAAGGCCACAACUGCCAAGGCCGAUGUUGCUCCGGGAAGUAAAAUCAUAAAGUUAGACGAAACUAUAGUUGUACCUGGAGGCAAGGCUUCGGUCCUUGUGCCACCUGAGCUGAUUAGUAUAAAUUCGAAACAAAAUGUAACAAUUACCACAAUACCUCCCGGUAAGUCCCCGUCUGCACCAGUUCAAGGCCCUCAACAGCCACAGCCGCAGCAAUCCCUCCUACAACCUCAGCAAUCUUUGUUACAACCGCAAUCUCAGAACAAGAAAUCACCCGGAUCUGCUGGCAUGCGUGAGAUUAUCAAACUUCCGGAUCAGCUUACGGAAGCCGAACGACGUGAAACUUCAAAACCUUGGCGCCCCACGUUGAUCCCGAUUACGCCUGGAAGUGCCGAAACCAUCAAAGCUGGUCCCCUAUACCAAACCGCCGAUGGACGCCGACUACCGAAGUUGGUCCAGGUCAUGUCCGGAGGAAAGCCGUACCAUAUUUCGAUACACGACUACAAUCGCAUGUGCAUUUUGCGGCGAGAGAAGCUACUUCAGCAACGGCAAGACCUCAUGCAACACCAAUAUCAGCAGCAGCAAAAACGCCUUCAGCAGCAGUCACCACCAAAUCAGCCCAAUUCGAAUGCCACCGCUACCAAAACCUCUGGAGCAGGGAAGUCACUACUCGACACCAACGCCCUGAGUGCAGCAAAGAUGGCCCAAAUCCCGAAUCAAAUCUUGGAGCAGAACUCCCUCAUUCCCAUAGGGAACAAUAGUAGCAACGCAAGCAGUGGUAUCAACAGUAACAGCAACGCCAUCAACAAAUCCAACGGCCCUAGCAGUGAACUGCAGCAAUUGAUAAAGCUACGUAAACCUGGCAGCAGUAACAGCUUGAUACCUCCAGUGACCAGCGGUCCAACCUAUUUCAAGAAUACUUUACCCCUCAGCACGGCUACUAGCAAAUCGAUCUCUUUACCGAAUGCGCCCAGUAUGCUAUCGAUGGCAGGAGCAAGUCAGCAAUCCGGCGCCAGCAACACCACCUCCCCUCCGGUUGUACCUUCUGGACCCUCGCAGCUUGACCAACUCAUCAAGAGCAACAAUUCCUUCCUGAACAGUUUCCUCACCCAGUCCCAGCUUAACGCAAUGGUUGUAGCAGCGACGGCAAUGGCCAAUUCCGCCAACGCCAACUCCAACUCGGUGCUGACUGGCGGAGGAAGCGGCGGAACCAGCGGGGGAUCCAUCCUCAUGGACAAUUCGGCCGCCCAGCUGCUAUCCAAAAUACCAAAAUCCCUAACUGUGAUACCACAACAGAAACAAAGAUCCUUGUCACGUGUCUCCUCGAAUGAGGACCAAAACAGUGCCUAAGCGAAAGUAAUCAAUGAUACAACAGAAAACUCACACAUAAAAUGCACACUUUAAGCGUUUAAAACAUAAAAAACAUUACAAAUCAACUCAAAAUAUGUGAGAAAGGUUUUUCCAAUUUUUAGGAAUUAGAAUUUUGUAAAAUCGCAUCAAACAAAUACGAGAAAAAAUGAAUUGUUAACUUAUCGAAUUGUAUAGAAAGCAGAACAAAUCAAAUGAAUAAGACCAUUCAACAGUAAACAGGCUUGAGAAUUUAUCGAACCAAUUGCUCUAGUCACUUUGGCUUGUCUUUACACAAAACACAAAUGCAGGCAUUACUCUUUCCAGAACUGAGUUUUUGUUCUCUAUAGAUUUGAUUGACUGCAAACUUGGUACUACUCAGUUGACGAACACGACACGACGACUAACAACGAGGAGAACAUUCCAGCGCGGGUAAGGAAACCUUUGAACCAUUUUGGGAAGGGGUCACGCGGAAAAGGAUGCGACUUUCGAACGCCAUUUUGGUGUUCAAAUCCUUUCUUCCUGACCUGCGUGAUAGAAAUGACGAUAGGAAGACACCAACUUACAAUGCCUAUGAAACGACUUCGACAACCUCCAAGGCUUCUAGCUGGAAUACCUUGUCCUUCAAGCAGAUGGCACGUGUGGCACAUUGCCGCUCAUCAUCAUUCUCGCUUUACGGAAGGUAAAUAAUUCCGAUCAGAGCCGUUGAACAGAAACAGAAGUGGGAAUCUGUUAAAAAGAAUCACACUAUUUAAUCAAGGACUUUUUGCCGCUAAUGCAAACGUUUUAGUUAUUAGUUCCACGGAAUUACAAUUUAACAAAUCUAUCAUUAAACAUUAAUUGGUAUCAUUUGCAAAAAAAGAAACAUAAUUUAUAGGAACGCAAGUAUGUUAUAUCUAUGGUGAAAAUAAUACAUAAAUGUACUACACUCCCAGAAAAACUCACUCAACUCACUCAUAAAGGACAGGAACUGCACACAGUAGCAGUUGAUUAGCACCGUCUUCAUACUAGGAAUAAGUUGCAGUAAAGUAGGAUAAGUUCUUCUUGCUUCUAUUUUUCCAGCCUAACGUGCAUACAUUUAUGUCAACCCGCACUAUUCACUGGGUGGCACGACCUAACUUUGGUAUAUUUAAUUACUGUUAAAUUAUUACUGCGCAAUGAGCAAUUAUUUCUACCAACGUAUAUUUGCUUUGAUCAGCUCUACAUAAUACAUAUUCCUUUCUCUGAUGAUUUAUGAUACUGCAACAACAGCGACUAGUUUUAUAAGUGUGAACCACAAUUGGAUCAUGUAACGAUGCACUUAUCCACACAGUAAGGUAAGGAAAGGACCCGUCAGUCGGUAAAAGUAACACAUUUGAAGACAUAACGCCGUUGAAAAGUUGAAACGAAGAGAUACGAUAAAACAAAAGAAAAGAAAAAGUAAAGUUACAAAAAAAAA